CUCUUGGGUUAUUUACACGUUUUAUUUUAUUGCAAAACCAGUUACAGAAUUCUGCUCAAAUAACCAGCUCAUAAAAAGCUCGCCUAGUCAUUUUAAUCUCAAUAUAAUAUUUGAUUUUUUAAAGUCUAUUGUUAUAACUGUUGCAUCGUUGGACAGCUUUGUCGUAUUUCGUGCAACUGGUCAGUUUGUUUUUAGGAAGUGAUAAAAUUAAAGGUUAGCAAAAUGGGAGCAUUGAAUUCAAUAUUCUGUAGGACUGAAACAGGUACUAAUGAAGAAUCCGCAGAGAUGACCGUGCUAAGUCAAAUAAUAGAGCCCGAUGAUAUGAUAAAAAUUACAUCAGAGUUUGCAAGACUGGGAGACAGAUGUUAUUUGGACAAUGCCGGUGCUACUUUAUACCCAAAAAGUUUGAUUACGUCCAUAAAUGAAGACUUAUUAAAAAAUGUUUAUAUGAAUCCUCAUACAGAUAAAAAUACAAAAAAUUACAUAGAACAAAUUAGAUGUCUCAUACUAAAACAUUUCAAUACAGAUCCUUCAACAUAUACGUUGAUUUUCACAUCUGGAACCACUCAAGCCUUGAAAUUAGUUAUUGAAUCAUUUCAAUUUAUGAAGAAUGAAGAUGAUGAUUUAAAUUGUGGUUCCUUUGUUUACCUAGAAGACAAUCACACAUCUGUUGUUGGUUUAAGAGAACUUGCAGUAGACAAAGAUGCAGAAGUAGUCCACAUAGCCCAUGAAGAUUUCUUAAAUGUGAUAAACACGAAAGCCAAACAAACAAGCAAAUACACAAAUGGUGGUAACAGUCUUGUUGCUUAUCCUGCUCAGAGUAAUUUCAAUGGUUUUAAAUACCCUUUAAACUGCAUAGAGAAUAUAAAAAAUGGAUGUCUGAACAAUCACUUGAAAAAGCAUUUAUGUGAGAUAAACAGUGACUGGUACGUUCUGUUAGAUGCUGCUGCAUAUGUUGCUACCAGUAAAUUGGAUCUCGCAAAAGUGCAACCAGAUUUUGUAUCUUUAUCGUUUUAUAAGAUUUUUGGUUUCCCAACUGGAUUGGGAGCUUUAUUAGUUAAGAAAUCUAGUGAGAAUGUUUUAAGCCAAAAAAGGUAUUUUGGUGGAGGCACUGUUGAUGCAUUAUUGAGUAAUGAGCACUAUCAUAUCAAAAGGGAAAUCUUUCAUGAAAGAUUUGAAGAUGGAUCUCUAUCUUUCUUAUCCAUAAUUUCUUUAAAACAAUGUCUGGAUACAAUGUACAGAAUCAUACCAAGAAUAAUACAUGACGAUAUUAUGGAAACAAUAUCUUACCAUACGUUUUAUUUAGCAAAAGAUUUGUAUUGUCAGCUAUUAGAUUUGCGACAUCGAAACGGCACAAAGGCUAUCAAAUUCUAUUUAGAUUCAGAUUUUAGUGACAUUACAAAGCAAGGGGGUGUUUUAACUUUUAAUCUGGUGAGAGAAGAUGGAACUUACAUUGGUUUUUCCGAGUUCCAACACAUGGCAGACUUAUUUAACAUAAGUGUCAGAACAGGAUGUUUUUGUAAUUCUGGAUCAUGUCAAAGACAUUUGCACAUGUCAAACAAGGAUAUGAAAGAUAUGUAUAAUGCUGGUCACAGAUGUGGAGAUGAAGUAGAUUUAAUUAACGAAAAGCCCACAGGUGCUAUAAGAAUAUCAUUUGGAUACUACAAUACCUUUGAAGAUGUUGACAAAUUCGUUAAUAUGAUAUGCCGAUGUUUUGUUAAUGCAAAGGCAAGAAAACAAAAGCGUAUCAUAAAUCAUUUUGUAGAAACACCAAAGAUUAAACAUUAUAAUGGCAAUGUUAAUAAAAUAAUUAAUGAACAAAUUUACUUUAAAAAUGUUGAUGAUGUACUGAUAAACAUUCCACCAAUGAGUACUAAAAUAAUAUUAAAGGAAAUAUGUAUAUUUCCAAUUAAAUCAUGUGGAGCGUUCAAAAUUUUGUCAGGUUGGAACAUAGGUCCAAAAGGUUUUGAAUACGACCGAGAAUGGAUGAUAGUUAAAGACAAUGGAGUGUGUCUCACACAGAAACAGAAUACACGUAUGUGCAUGAUUCGCCCACAAAUCGAUCUCAAACAAAAAGUAAUGAUAUUAAAUUUCCCAGGUAAAACUCCGAUAUCCAUACCCUUGGAAAAUUCUAUAAACGAGGUACAGAAAAAUGGAUCACUCUGUCAUAGUAAAGUCUGUACAGAUAUGAUUAAGGGCAUUGAUUGUGGUGAUGAAGUUGCAGACUGGAUAUCUGAAGCUCUUGAAGUGUCAUUCCUUCGUUUAAUACGACAAUCUAGCAACGACAACAGAUCUCUAAAGAAGAAGAAAGAUGAAGAUAAAAAAUUAUUGUCGCUUAGCAAUCAGGCUCAAUAUCUUCUAAUUAAUAAAGCAACAGUUAAAUGGCUUAGUGAAAAGAUCAAAGAUCCUCUCUUUACUGAUGAUUUAAAUCAUUUAACAGACCGAUUUAGAGGGAAUCUCAUUAUAGAAAUGGAACAAGAAUUGUUGGAACGUGAAUGGCACAGUGUUAUAAUUGGAAAUCACGAGUUUAAGGUGGAAGGGCAGUGCCCCAGGUGUCAAAUGGUAUGCAUAGAUCAACAAACUGGCGAGAAAACUGUAGAGCCCCUUAGGACAAUAGCAGAACAAUUUGGAGGGAAACUUCGAUUUGGUAUUUACUUGAGUUAUGUUGGCACAGUGAAUAAAUCUGACGACAGAACUUUGAAAACUUAUUCUCCAAUUAAAGCAAUACUAAAUGAUGACAACAUCAGUAGAUGAAAUGAAAACUGAAGUUGAUGAAACCAUAAUUAAUAUUAGAUUUAUUCCAAUCAUUCCAUUUUCUAAACGCGUCCCAGAGACAAUUACUGAGUAAAUUGGGCGAAACGGGAGGUAUGAUGUGAUAAUGCAAACAUAAUUUGCUCGUUUGAAUGAAAAAACGAAUUGACUUAUUUUAGUAACUGCAAACUUCCUCUAAUCCAGGGGUUCCCAGCGUUUUUUUCUGCUCUUAUUGCUCCUCUUAACAAUCGGCCAUGAUGGGCGAUUAUAGAAACUCAUGAUAGUGUAGAAGGUAUAAAUGUCUGUAAUCGGCCAUCAUCGCGUAUGGUCGUGCACAAUCGGCGUUGUGUCGGUAGAUCAAAGGAAUGAUGGCCCAUGAUUGUGUGAGCGUCCACACCAUUGCCGAUUAGUCAGGAUGUAGUUGUCUCGAGUGUGUGUCAAUUGUGUCGACUACAAAACUAUGGUUGCGUGGACCUUGUUUUGUUCCGAUUGAUAGCCACCACCCACCACCUUCCUCCAUCUUGUUUAUUGUUAUCGGUAGGCAGCAGCUUGGCUCUGCUCCUAGCAUUGCUGAAGUCCAUGGGCGACGUAACCACUCACCAUCAGGUGGGCCGGCCGUAUGCUCGUCUGUCUACAAGGGCAAUAAAAAAAAAGAAUUUCCCGAUUCUUUUUUCGCGCACAUUAACUAAAUGACUAUAUGAGUUAACUAAAAAUAUUUUCGCAGCCGCGAUCUCCUCGAUUUCCAUCGUCGAUACCUAGACGUCUUAACAAAACAGUAGACAGUACUAGACAGUCAGUAAAUGAACGUUCACGAUUGUGUGGAGAGCUGCCCGAUCAUGGCGGCAAUCAUGGACGAUCAUUUGUUGGCCUAUCAUGGACGAUCAUUUGUUGGCCUAUCAUGGCCGAUUGUGAAGUGGAGCCUAUAGACCACUUUCAAAAUUUAACUGAUUCUGGUUGACAACUUCCAUGCUAAAUUUCUACCAUAUUCCCAAAACUUGACAAAAAAUUGACGCGUAAAUCUAACUAUGGAAAUUUGCGUUGCAGCUAAAUUUGGACGACGAAUUAAAAUAGGGGGAGAAUUGAUUUUUUAUUAUUAAUUAAUUGAUUGCGCUGCGAGUGGAUGUCAAAAAAGUUAAGUUGGCCAAAAAAAGUAAACGAGGAACCAAUCAGUUCUCACUUAUUUCACUUAUAAAACCACGGUAAUAUAAAUUCACGUGGACACCUGGUGGGAACUAAGGCUCUAAUCAAAAGCUAAAGUCAUCUUAACCAAUUGAUUUUACAUAUAUUUCAUAGAUAAAAUAUUGGAUAUAGCGUGAGAAUUACUUAAAUAUUAGUGGUUUUAAGCUCAUUUUGAAUAAAUCUGGGAAUGUUGAAAUUAAACUAUUUCUCAAUUCAUAAAAUUAGUUACGUUACUUUUUAAAUCAUCUCUGAAAUCGCACUAUCAAUGAAUGCAAAGAUUGAGGAAGUAGUUUGCUGCCUGCAUGCACUCCACAUGCAGUGAUCUAAAACCUGCACAAGGCUAGGGUUAUUAGCUCUUUAGAAGAUUGUGUAUGAGCUCUUCAAGUUUGCAAACAAUAUUGCUAACUGCACACCAAUUGUUCUAUUUCUGGAAUCAUCUCAUUUAAGUUGGCUUUUAUGACUUUCAUUAAAAAAAUGUAAUCUGUAAAGGACAUGGGCCAUUUUCGGCCCAGCUACUCGUGCUCUCAAGGACAUUAAUGAAAUAUCUAUAGAAAACAUU